AUGGUACUGCAACCUUUAGAUGAUCUUCUGCUACCUGCUACUACCGGGGCGUCGCGAUUUGUUGGAGCUACAAAAGGCCGGAGGUUUUCACGAGCACAGGGCGUGAUAUUUGGACGGCUGAAGCAGACCGAGAGUUCUUCUCUGAAGGUUGAAGAGUUAUGUCAGUCAGCCCGUGGUCCGGGUGGAAUGAUCGACUCCAGUCGAAGUGCUCCCGUGCUUGGUGCCUCUGGACAGCCGAUACCAGCGUUGGAAACAACAACCACAAGAGCACACUGUGAGCAGCAACAAGGCCAGACGGCGAUUAAAUAUUUAUGCAGUCACCGGUACGUGAUGUUCACACCGAAGCUUACCAUCAAGAAAGUCAAGAAAGUCAAGAAAGUCAAGAAAGUCAAGAAAGUCAAGAAAGUCAAGAAAGUCAAGAAAGUCAAGAAAGUCAAGAGAGUCAAGAAAGUCAAGAAAGUCAAGAAAGUCAAGAAAGUCAAGAAAGUCAAGAAAGUCAAGAAAGUCAAGAAAGUCAAGAAAGUCAAGAAAGUCAAGAAAGUCAAGAAAGUCGAUAAAGUCGAUAAAGUCGAGAAAGUCAAGAAAGUCAAGAAAGUCAAGAAAGUCAAGAAAGUCAAGAAAGUUAAGAAAGUCAAGAAAGUCAAGAAAGUCAAGAAAGUCAAGAAAGUCAAGAAAGUCAAGAAAGUCAAGAAAGUCAAGAAAGUCAAGAAAGUCAAGAAAGUCAAGAAAGUCAAGAAAGUCAAGAAAGUCAAGAAAGUCAAGAAAGUCAAGAAAGUCAAGAAAGUCAAGAAAGUCAAGAAAGUCAAGAAAGUCAAGAAAGUCAAGAAAGUCAAGAAAGUCAAGAAAGUCGAUAAAGUCGAUAAAGUCAAGAAAGUCAAGAAAGUCAAGAAAGUCAAGAAAGUCAAGAAAGUCAAGAAAGUUAAGAAAGUCAAGAAAGUCAAGAAAGUCAAGAAUGUCAAGAAAGUCAAGAAAGUCAAGAAAGUCAUGAAAGUCAAAAAAGUCAAGAAAGUCAAGAAAGUCAAGAAAGUCAAGAAAGUCAAGCAAGUCAAGAAAGUCAAGAAAGUCAAGAAAGUCAAGAAAGUCAAGAAAAUCAAGAAGGUUAAAAAAGUCAAGAAAAAUCAAGAAAAUCGAGACGUUGAGAAAGUAAAGAACACCGAAAAAGUUAAUAUGAAAGCUACUAAAAAAAAAUAA